GUACCCGGAGCCGACAUGCAUCGAUGCAUUCGACAAUCACUGAAUCAAGAGAUCUGUUGUACAGUUAUUCGGUCUGUAUCCCAGCAUGGGCCCGGAAGUUGUUUGGGAUUCCCAGGUAAAAAAAAAUAAAAAAAUCCCGGAGAUGCUGUCGUCGCCUGGGAAAACAAACAGCUAUCCAGACAAUUAAAAAGGGAAACACGGAGCGGGCGCCAGGUAAAGAGGAGGCUUCUGGACCGCACCGCGGCGCUCGGCAUCUGGGGAGAGAAUGAAUGCUGAUGACUGCAAUGGAUGCUCAUAUGCACAAGGUAAUGGAGGAGAGUCGUCAACGGAACAUGAUUUUUAUAGCGGGUUGCAGGACCCUUCAGCAAAAUCCCCAAACAGUCAGCAGUCGUCCCCACACCGCUCCCUCAGUGCGAACUCCAUCAAGGUUGAGCUGUGCAGCGAUGAUGGGUCACCAGGUGCUCCACAGCCAGAGAACAGAGAGGCUGUGAGCGACGAUGGCAGGAGGGAGGACAGAGAUGACCCCAUGGAGGAAGGGAGCACAGAGUACGUCGGGGCUGGAAGAGACAGAGGGAGCAUUUAUAAUGACAUGGCCAGUCCGAACUCUGCUUCACCAGGACCUCUCCGCCUGCCCAAUGGGAAGCUCCAGUGUGAGGUGUGCGGCAUGAUCUGCAUCGGGCCCAACGUGCUAAUGGUGCACAAGCGGAGUCACACAGGCGAGAGGCCGUUCCAGUGUAACCAGUGUGGGGCUUCCUUCACCCAGAAGGGGAACUUAUUGCGCCACAUAAAGUUACAUUCGGGAGAGAAGCCUUUCAAAUGUCCCGUUUGCAACUACGCUUGUCGCCGGAGAGAUGCCCUGGCUGGACAUCUACGCACACAUGCAGCUUCUUCUCCAACGGUGGGAAAACCUUUCAAGUGCAGCUACUGUAGUCGCAGCUAUAAACAACAGAGCACACUGGAGGAACAUCUGGAGCGCUGCCACAGUUAUUUGAAGAGUUUGGACCACCAGACAGCACAGGACGAAGAGUCAGUAAAUAUGGAGACAAUUACAAAACCUUUGCUCCAGCCAUCGAAUAAAAAAAUCCCGUUUGUGGAUAGAUUGGCUAUUAGCAUCACCAAGCGCAAGAGGUCAACACCACAGAAGUUUUUGGGUGAAGCACCUGAAGCACCUGAAGCACCUUACGAAUUGUCCUCUGGCUCUGAGAAGGAGGCAGACCUCAUGAGCUCUCAGCCAUCUGGGUUGGCCAGUCCACAUCUUCAAGGCAGCAGGGGUAAAAGGGAGAACCAUGAGCCGCCUGCACCGUCUCAGCUCCAUCCUGCCUUCCUCACGGAGAUACCCACGAUUAUGGGCUCCGUCAACAGCAACUUUACUCCUCAGGGCCCCCGAGCCCAUGCUGGAGGCGGGCUGGCAGCUGUGCCCCUCGGCCUGGCGGGGCAGCAGGCGGGUGAAGGCCGUGAUGACCAGCGCUCGGCCCGUAGGCACAUCACCUCGCCCAACGGCUGCCCCGACUCUACAGACACAGAGAGCACAGCAGAAGAGCAGAGCACAAGGGUCACAGCCCCGACAAGUACCUCCAAUAACCACCACCUCCACGACCAGACCCCAGCACUGGCACGCAGCCAUUCCACUUCCAGCCCCAGGCAGGCCAAAGACUUGGACCCAGAGUGGGAGAGAGCGUGUCCUGUGCCCCCCACCAUAAAGGGGAGCCCUGUCUCACCCCUUUCUUCCAAGGAGAUUGUGCAGGUGUUAGACAGGGAUGGUCGGCCUGUGCGCUCCUUCCACUGCAGGCACUGUCGCAUCCUCUUCCUGGACCACGUCAUGUUUACCAUCCACAUGGGUUGCCACGGUUUCCGCCAACCCCUCGAGUGCAACAUCUGUGGCCACCGCUGCCAGGACCGCUACGAGUUCUCGUCUCACAUCAGCCGCGGAGAGCAUCAGGUGGACUGAGGAGAGGGGAGAGUGAUCGGAUGAGGAGAGGCGUCUGUUGCUCUGUAAAGUUGUAGGCUCCCGUUUGUUCUGCACCAGAUCAGUUGCUUUAAAUCCCUAGUGUCAGGAAAAGGAUUUGUGGUGAGAACAUUUAUUAAACUAAAGCAGAUGCGAGUGGAAGAUCUUUUCACCGCACCAUUCAAAGUUUAGUGGAGGCAAGUUGCAUUCUAUGAUUGAUUGCACUCACAUAUAAAAUCAUCCGGCAAAACUACUGGUUCCGCUUCAAAAGUGCCUUCUUUGGGGAUUUCCUCUUAACUUUAAAAAAAAAAAAAAACUGUAGAGGAGCUGGUGCUCAAAAAUCAAACUAGCCAUCUUUUGCUAAGUGAUUUAGUUAGCACUUUUGGAAGGUUGUGCACAGGCAGUUAAGGUAAGCAUGGCAUGUACAUUUUAAGAAUUCUAUUUGGUAUGCUUAGUAUGCAGAGCUUUGUGUCUGUGGUUGAGGUGGGUACUUUGUGUCGUGUGUCAGGUAUGCUUAAUAUGCACUGAGAGCUUUGUACCUCUGGGUUUGAGAGGAGCUUUUGUCACAGACAAAGCACAGUAAUGGAUUGCCUUAACUCCUACAGUAGUACGCCGCUGUAGGAAUACAUUGUUUACAGCACGUGUGAAGACACCUCAGAAGAGAGAAUAUUUGCAGCUGCACAGAGAGACUAUCAAAAGUGAGGGAAAUCAACUUGAAAACGUUCAGGGUCUUCAGGGCUCAGAUGUUUAAUAGGUUUUUGGAUUUUAAAGUGAGCCUGAGCAUACUGGUGCAGAUCAGACCACGAGCCAUGUCGUGUACAGUAAGAGCCUGACUGAGACGGCCCGGGGUGCUAUACCUAUACAGGAUUGCACUUUUAUGUUCCCUGCUUAUGUAUGAACAUCUUUUGCCGAAGUAAUUGAUGGCUUUACCAUUUUUUUCUGUGAUUGCUCUACUGCACUGAUAAAUCACAUCAUACUCACCAUAUUUGAUCAUCUAAUUUGCAACACCAGUGUAUUUUUAACGAAGCCGGCCUUGAACAGAAAGCGUGGCGCUGGUUCUGGGGUCUACACUGAAGUUUGCUGCGAUGUGUGACUUAGAAUUGAAAAUCAGUUCCACUAAAAUAAUUAUUUUUGCCGUUUUGCACUCUGCUGUUGAGGCUGAGAAUGUAAACAAUUUGCUUAACGUAAGUUAAUUAACAAAUUAAUUCUUUAAAAUGAAUGAACUUGUCAAACAUUUUUGAUCUGUUCCGUUGUCACUUGUGAUUAUCUAUUUAGUGUUGUUUGUUUCAGCCUUGGUGUAUUAAACCAGCUAUAUUCCAAAUCUUAUCCAGCAUAUUCCUCAAGUCCAUAAAAUGUUACCUCCUGCUUCUUUAUAGCACCCAAAUACCUUAUUGCUACAGUAUGGUGAGUUAUCUGAUAAUGUUAAUAUUGGGAACAUGAAUGAGACCAAACUCAGUAUUCUUACUUGUUAUUGUGGGUUUGCUGCUUCAUAGUUUAACUUCAUUUUGAUUGAUAGCAGGCAAAAAUAUACUUGAAACUGUUUGUGAAAAAAGUUAUUUAAAGAUGCACUUGGUUUGAUAAGUCGAGACAUGUGUGUGAAUGGAAUAUAGCAUGUGUGCUUGUCAUUUUCUGCUUUUCCCUAAAUUGUGAAUUAUUUUUGAAAUGUGAAGUAAUUUCAAGAAGUGAAAAUGAGGCAUGGGUUUUUGUCUCCUUGUGUAGACUUUUAAAUGUUAUACAAUAUUUUGUGAAUGAUGUAACAUGACAAAACACUUUACCUCAAAGUUAAAGAUGUACAACUGCCUCAUUAUUUAAACUGGUCAUGUUGCUUUUCAAGAUGUUCUUGCAGUUAAAGAUGCGUGUCCCUCGAUAUUCUCUCAACUUUUUACUGUCAAUAAAGUUGAGUUUAUUGUAAAAGUGAUUGUCUCUCAUGCGAUUAUAAUGGCAUCCACAUCUUUGUGCUUAUUUUUCAAUCAAAGUGCAUUGAAGGCUUUCUCACAAUGUGAAAAUACAAAAAGUAAGGAGAUAAGAUAUUUAAGUAUAUAUUUCACCAAGAUACACUACCGUUCAAAAGUUUGGGGUCACUUAGAAAUGUCUUUAUUUUUCAAAGAAAAGCACUGUUUUUUCAAUAAAGAUAACAUUAAAUUAAUCAAAAAUACACUCUA